AUGAAUUUUGUGUUGAGGUGUGACAUUUUUCAAAAGAACAAAGCUGAUUUGGCAGCUUACCCAGGGUUGUUACAGCCUCUGCCUAUGCCAGAUGUAGUGUGGUCUCAAAUUAGUAUGUAUUUUAUUGAUGGUUUACCUUCUUCAAAGGGUUAUGAAGUUAUUUUGGUGGUGGUGGGUAGGUUGAGUAAAUAUGGAGUUCAGUUGAACACUUCUUCAGCUUAUCAUCCUCAAUCUAAUGGUCAGAUUGAGAUGUGGAUCAGCAGAGAAUUAAACUUACAAUUGCUCAAACACCACUUGAUGAGAGCUCAAUUGAGGAUGAAACAGGAUGCUGAUAACCAUAGAAGUGGUAGAAGUUUUGAGGUAUCUGCGAAAUAUUAUGGUCCUUUCCAAGUUCUUAAGAGAGUGGGUCCUGUAGCUUACACACUCAUACUUCCUGAGUCUGUAAAAAUCCAUCCAACUGUUCAUAUGUCCUUACUGAAAAGAUGUCAUGAAGUACCCUCACAAAUCACUUACCCUCCUAUUAUUGACAUUGCUCAUCCACAUUAUCCUACUUCUGAAGCUAUUAUUCAAAGUAGAAUGGUCAAAAGGGGCAAUAAGGAUGUUGCUCAGGUCCUAGUGCAGUGGAGUGGUUUACCUGCUGAUAAAGCUAGUUGGAAGUUUUACAAUGCACUUAUAUUCAGGUUUCCUCAGUUUGAUCUUUGA